GUCCGGGCUCACCAGGGCCGCCGGAGGCCCGCAGUGCAGACCUUGCCUGAAACUGGAAAAAAAAACUCGUUUCGAACCCUCCAAUCCCAAAUCUGCCCUCCCAACCCGCAGAACUCGCCGCCGGCCCCAGCUCCGGCGAUCUCCCGGCUCCUCCCUUCUUUCCACACCAAACCCCACGCCAGCCCAACACCGCCCAACCAUGUCGCGCAAAAACUUCCGCAAGCGGACCAUCGAGCCGGACGCCGACGACCGCUCCGACGACGAGGACUCCCGCCGGGUCUCCCUGGAGGAGAUCAAGUACAUGCAGAAGCUUCGGGAGAGGAAGCUGGGCAUCCCCGCCGACCCCGCCGCCGCCUCAACCAACGGGUCCUCCGCCAGGGGACGGGUGGGUGGCGGGGGAGCGGCCAUCGGGGAGGCCGAGAAGGAGGACCUCGUCCUCCAGGACACCUUCGCGCAGGAGACCGCCGUCACCAUCGAGGAUCCCAACAUGUUGAGGUAUGUGGAGACCGAGCUGGCCAAGAAGAGGGGUAAGAUGGUUGAUGUGGGACAAAAGGAGGAGAUGGACCAUGUGGACGAGCUCUACACCGUGCCAGACCACCUCAAGGUGAAGAAGAAGAACUCCGAGGAGAGCUCAACGCAGUGGACCACUGGCAUUGCUGAAGUUCAGCUGCCUAUUGAGUACAAAUUAAGAAACAUUGAAGAAACUGAGGCAGCUAAAAAGAUGCUGCAAGAGAAAAGGCUUGCGAGUAAACCAAAAUCAGAUGCAAAUAUUCCUUCAAGUUACAGUGCCGAUUAUUUCCAUCGUGGCAAAGAAUAUGAUGAGAAAUUGCGAAGAGAGAAUCCUGGGCUGUACAAAGAUAAAGAUUCUCGGCCUAAUGGAAGUGCAGGAGGUAAAGCAACAAAUACUAAAAACCCAGAUGGUGCCGCUGCAGGACGGAGAGAAGCUGCUAGUGAUGAGUUCAUGCUCCAGCGCUUCCGCAAGCGAGAAAAAUUCCGUGUCAUGCGAAGGUAGCCAGAGCUGACAGGCUGCUAGAUUGCUGCCACUGGCCCGUUGCCUUUGAGCUCAAACAUGUUGUGAUCACAUGGAGGCCUCAAUAUAUCCUGUCCUUUUUAGUGAGAAUUUCGCUGUAGAGUUGUAUCCUUCGUUGUUGACUCUGCUUUUGCAGCUGCUAAGGGCAAGGAGCAGAUUAAAUCCUUAUUACAGAGGUGAUUUGGGGCAAUAGAUUUGAGGAGAGGGUUAUCACAGAUUCGUGUAUGGGGUGGUUUGCAGUGGUUGAUGACAAUAGGAGCUGUAACUUGCCAGGAUGUUGCCAAGCUCCAUGUUCAUCUGCACCGGAAGAGACAACGGUGUGCUCUCUGUGGACAGUAUAAAUGAGCUGCUGUGGUAUCUAGUGGAAAAGCCAAAGGGUAGCACAAUGUCAUUUUCUUUCAAGUUCAUGGCAAAGCCAACGAUUUCAUCUUUCUAGCCUGGAAUAUACUGUUUCUCUGAGUUCCUCAAAGUCUGCUGCUGCAGUAGUAUCAGCUAUCUAUCAAGAACCCUGGAUUUUAAGGAUGAGUAAUUUGUGAGUUACUUUUGUUGCA